AUGCCCCCAACAGCCACCACAGCGGCCCUGGUCUCGCGGACGCUGCUGGCCCGCAAAGAAACCCCCAGCUGCGGCGACAGAGAAAAAUGUCCCAUGCCCACGGGCUCCCAGGGGCUCCCGAUCGGCCUGGGAGUCGGCAUCCCCAUUCUGGCCGCCAUUCUCAUCUGCGCCUUUUUGCACUGGAGACACCUGCAAAAGCUCAAAAAGGAGGCCGAGGACGACCGCGACUUUGACGCCGCCUCCGUGUACGAUGAAGAGAACAAGGGCUUUGCAAUCGAGUCCUCUCGCCAACUGCCCGACAAAACCGGCUCCAAGAAAGGAGACCAGCCCCCCAGAACUAACUACCACCAGGACUUUAACCAAAACGACCCGUUUUUCGACUCCCCCUACAUCCUCAAGGGCGAGGGCUACUCGGAAAACUACUCGCGAUCGCUCACCAACCUCUCCGCUCCCUAUUCGGGCAUGCCGCCCCCAGGGUCGUCGUCCGGACUCUUGCCAAACCACUCUGGGUUCUUGGCUUCUCUCGGAGGAGACAGAUACCCGUCUUCUCCCGCCUCGAGUGUCUUCCGCGCACCCCAUAUCAACUCGAGCGCAGCCUCUCUGGCAUCAGCCGGCGCAGACACCCUACGAAAACCUGCCCCGACAUACCAGCGACAGGAACAGCUACCCAAAAAGGACGUGCAGGAACAAGACAUGGUCAAGCAACCGCUUCCCCCUCCUGUGCCCCGCAUGAACAUCUCGCGACCGUCGCUGUCCAACCCCAACUCGCCCAUCGAGCCCCUCUACUCACACAAUAAGCAGUUCUCCAUUGGUUCUGUCUCCGACUCAGAGGUUGACUCUCCCGUCACCGAGGACCCCUUUGACCGAGAGAGCAACAUUGUCCACACACCGGUUGCAUCUAGUCAUGGAGAAAGAGACACCGACAGUCAACACCAACAGCAGAGCUCGUCUUUCCAGAGCAGCAGUCACACUAGUCACGAUAGCCAGGACUCCUUCUCUCGAGUCAUGAGCGAACAGUCCACAGCCACCACUCCCGAUGACUCCGAGAAACACGACAAGGCCAACGGCUACUUUGAAGACAAAGAUCAUCUCGAUCACGCCCCUACAGUGCCUGUUCCUGCAAUUCCAGACCAAGAGGAGAACGACAUGACUUCUCCCCCCACUCAGUUUGACCGGGUGCGGUCCGUCUACAAGGUCUACUUUGACGAAAACAAGGAGAAGGCGAUUCGAGAGACUGCUCUCACCCAGGAGGGAGUCGUUGAGACUCCCGAGGGUAAUCUCACCAUGGCUUCUGACAAGGAGCUUCCAGAGCUCCCCGGAGACGUCACCGCAGAUAGCUUCCCGGCGGAUCUCACCAUCGACACCGAGUACAGCACUUCCCAAAUGCGCGACUCGCACCACUCACAAUCGUCGUCCAUCUACGACCAUCCUGUUGCCGCACCUCCCGUGUCAGCAGGGUAUACUGCCGCCCUGGCUCGAGUUCCUCCCGGAGCCACCGCUCCUCUUUCUACUAACAGAGGCUAUGCCCCCGUCAACGCACUCAUGAUUGACUUUGCGCCCACCACCCCGGACCUCUCUGCCGUCCCGCAUCAACAUGCAUCUCCCGUGGGCUCCAGCAGCCCGCAUUCCAACUGGGGAACCCCUCCUCAAGACGGAUAUGCGUUCAAUCAUUAUGGCCACGGACAUCAGCCUCCUCAUCCUCCUCAUGGCGGUGGUUACCAUGGAGGCGCCCCUGCAGAGGCCUAUCUGCCCCAACAUAGUACAUCCCUGCCCCGAAGAAAGCCUCCACCUCUGCAGCUCAAGCCUCUGCAGACGGUGCCUACCCCUCACAAGCUGGACCAGUCUGAUUUAGGUGUGACUUCGUUUGUGCCUUCGCAGAAGCGAAUUCAGACCCCCACUGGCUCAGCUCCCGGUUCUCCCGUGCUGAGUCAGUCGCCUUCGGUGGGCUACAACCCCCUGCACAACCCCCUGCAUUCCAUGACGGACACGGAGAUGAUGCCGUCUCCGCACGCACUGCGAAAGUCCGUGUCUCUGGCGUCGCUGGACUUUGCCCCUCCCACGCGGUUUGGGCGGGACAGCAGCAGGAACAACUCGCUGACUUCGCAGUUCACUUCUGGAGGAACCCCCAUUCCACAGCAGCGACCUACCCAGGUGCGAAGUAAGAUGGAUACGGCGAUGAUGUUGAAGCCCAGUUGGGAGAUGAGAAACUAA